AUGACGUACUUAGAGAAUAACACUAAGGUGACUACAUUUAUAUUUUUGGGAUUGACUGAUAACCCAGAGUUGCAAGUACCGCUGUUCAUAAUGUUCAUUCUCAUCUAUCUCAUCACACUGAUUGGGAACUUAGGCAUGAUUGUGUUAAUCUUGCUGGACUCCCACCUCCACACCCCCAUGUAUAUUUUCCUCAGUCACCUUUCUCUGGCAGAUUGUGUUUACUCCUCUGCUGUUACUCCAAAGGUGAUAGCUGGGUUUCUCACAGGGGAAAAAAAUAUCUCCUAUGGAGGAUGUGUUGCUCAAAUGUUCUUCUUUGUGGCUUUUGCCAGUGUUGAUUGUUUCCUACUUGCUGUCAUGGCUUUUGACAGGCAUGCUGCAGUGUGCAAACCCUUACAUUACACCACAACUAUGACUACUAGUGUCUGUGUUUGCAUGGUGAUUGGCUGCUAUGCCUGGGGUUUGUUUGAGUCUGCUAUACAUACUGGAUUCACCUUCUCCCUCCCCUGCUGUGCUAAUGUGGUUCAUCACUUUUUCUGUGAUAUACCUCCAAUUCUGGCACUUUCAUGCUCUGAUAUCUAUGUGAAUGAGAUUGUUCUCUUUAUCUUAGCUUCAUUCAAUGUCUUCUUUGCUCUGAUAGUUAUCUUGACCUCCUAUACAUUCAUAUUUAUUGCUAUUCUGAGAAUGCGUUCAACAGAAGGACGGAAGAAGGCCUUCUCUACUUGUGCAUCGCACCUCACUGCUGUCACCAUAUUCUAUGGAACUGUAAUCUUCAUGUACCUACAGCCCAGUUCUAGCCAUUCCAUGGACAAUGACCAAAUGGCAUCUGUUUUCUAUACCAUAGUAAUUCCGAUGUUGAACCCAGUUGUUUAUAGCUUAAGGAAUAAAGAAGUUCAUAAUGCUUUCAAGAAAGUUGUUGAGAAAAUGAAUAUUUUAUUGAGCUCCUAA